UUGCAAAGGAAGGGAAAGUCUGUGAGUUGAGUAAUGUCCGUAGCUGUUAGUGAUGGUUGUGUCGCUCCAGGAGAGGAGUCGGAGGGCGAUGGCAGCCCCGAAAAAGCGGAGCCAGGCCGCAGACCCCGGGCAAGGAGCAGCGGGCCUUCUUCCAAAGGCAGCAGUGACGGGGACUCGAGUGACGAAGACAGUGACGGCAGCGAGGACAGUGACGCAGGUGGCCGCCACAGGAUGAAGAGCAGGGUGGCUCACAUCCGGCAUGGCUUAGGUGAUGACAGCAGGGACCAACGUGGGAGCUCCUCCCCAGAGAAAAGGGAUGGUGACCCGCGAUCGCGGUCUAGAUCGCGUUCCAGGCCCCGGUCCUUUCACAGCUGGGAGAGGGAGAGGUCUGAAGAUCGGGACCGGUGGUACCAGAGGGGACGCCGUGGGACUGACAGAAACAGCGACAGAGAACGGUAUCCUAGCAGGGACCGGGACCGGGAGCGCUACCGUGACCGCGAGCGGGACCGGGAACGCUACGAGCGCCGUUCUAGCAGAGACAGGGAAAGGAGCCGCAGAGAGCGCUCUAGCCGAGAGAGGGAGGUGGAGUCUAGGAGGAGGGGCAGGUCACCCUCCCCGGCCCAGCUGGAUGGUCCCCCGACAGAGGAGCCUGCGGUGAAGAAGAAGAAAGAGGAGCUGGACCCCAUUUUAACUCGGACAGGCGGGGCUUACAUUCCCCCCGCGAGACUGCGCAUGAUGCAGGCCCAGAUCACAGACAAGGCCAGUCUGGCUUACCAAAGGAUGAGUUGGGAGGCUUUGAAGAAGUCAAUCAACGGUCUCAUUAACAAGGUGAACGUCUCCAAUAUCGCCAACAUUAUCCACGAGCUCCUACAGGAGAACAUUGUGAGGGGGAGGGGGCUCCUGGCCCGCUCCAUUCUACAGGCCCAGGGCGCAUCUCCCAUUUUCACCCAUGUCUAUGCAGCUGUGGUGGCCAUCAUCAACUCCAAGUUCCCCCAGAUCGGAGAGCUCAUCCUGAAGAGGCUGAUCCUUAAUUUCCGCAAGGGUUACCGUAGGAAUGACAAGCAACAGUGUUUGACAGCAUCCAAGUUUGUCGCACACCUCAUCAAUCAGAAUGUGGCUCACGAGGUCCUGUGCCUCGAGAUGCUGACCCUACUGUUGGAGCGACCCACGGACGACAGCGUGGAGGUGGCCAUCAGCUUCCUGAAGGAGUGUGGUCUCAAGCUGACUGAGGUCUCCCCAAGAGGCAUCAAUGCCAUCUUCGAGAGGCUGCGCAACGUCCUCCACGAGUCAGAGAUCGACAAGCGUGUUCAGUACAUGAUUGAGGUGAUGUUUGCGAUCCGCAAGGAUGGCUUCAAGGACCACCCUGUUAUCUCAGAAGGGCUGGACCUGGUGGAGGAGGAUGACCAGUUCACUCAUAUGCUCCCGUUGGAGGACGACUAUAACCCAGAGGACGUCCUAAAUGUUUUCAAGAUGGAUACCGACUUCCUCGGAAACGAGGAGAAGUAUAAAGAAAUUAAAAAGGAGAUCCUGGACGAGGGGAGCAGCGGCUCUGGCUCCGGCGAUGACGGGGAAGGCAGCGACGAAGACGAAAAUGACGAGGAAGCGGAGGAGGAGGGCGGAGAUGAACAAGACAAAGUCACCAUCUUUGACAAGACAGAAGUAAAUCUGGUUGCGUUUCGCAGAACCAUCUACCUUGCCAUCCAGUCCAGCUUGGACUUUGAAGAAUGUGCUCACAAACUAAUAAAGAUGGACUUCCCUGAGAGCCAAACGAAAGAGUUAUGCAACAUGAUUCUGGACUGCUGUGCCCAGCAGAGGACCUAUGAGAAGUUCUUUGGACUUCUGGCUGGGCGUUUCUGUCUGCUGAAGAAAGAGUACAUGGAAAGUUUUGAAGCCAUAUUCCAGGAGCAGUAUGAAACCAUUCAUCGCCUCGAGACCAACAAGCUGCGAAACGUUGCCAGAAUGUUUGCGCACCUUUUGUAUACAGAUUCGAUUCCAUGGAGUGUGCUUGAGUGCAUAAAAAUGAGUGAAGACACCACCACCUCCUCCAGUAGAAUCUUUGUGAAGAUCCUGUUCCAGGAACUCUGUGCCUACAUGGGCCUUCCGAAAUUGAAUGAACGUCUGAAGGAUCUGUGA